UUAAAGAAUUAUGUCAGAGUGGAUGUGGUAAUUGGGCAAUAUCGUGGGGUGAAUGGAAAAGAAGACAUAAACAAUGAUUUUUCUUCUCAGAGGAUGGCAUCUUCUCUGCUCUCAGGUCUCCAAAACAUCAGUGAAGGCACAGCUGAGGGUCUUGCAAAGGGAAGGCUGCAAGGAUCCCAAGAGAAGGUUACCUGCUACACACAGCUGUCUACAUUAUAACACAUGCUGGAGGCAGGGAGCAACUUGCAGGAUCUGGUCUGCAGUUCCCCUUGACAUGCUUUAUUGCAGGGUUAAGAGCUUAAAAAAGAAAAAAAGAUCUUGAGUAACCUGCUUCAGUCAUUAGGAGAAAACAAAUGCAUACCUCCUUUCUCAGUGACUGAGAACACUUACAUUGUAGAUAAGUAGUACAAGGUGGAUAAAUUCUACUUUCAAGAAAACUACUCUCUUCUGACAAGUCUGAGAUCAGACUUCUACACGAGACAGCAUGAAGGAAUAUGUGCUCCUACUGCUCUUGGUAGUGUGCUCUGCCAAACCCUUCGUUAGCCCCUCACACAUGACAUUGAAGAAUAUGAUGCUGAAGGACAUGGAAAAUGCAGACGACAACGACGACGACAACUCUCUUUUCCCCACAAAAGAGCCAGUAAACCCCUUUUUCCCGUUUGAUCUGUUUCCAACAUGUCCGUUUGGAUGCCAGUGCUACUCACGAGUUGUACACUGUUCUGAUCUAGGUUUGACCUCUGUACCAAGCAAUAUUCCAUUUGACACUCGCAUGGUUGACCUUCAAAACAACAAAAUUAAGGAAAUCAAAGAAAAUGAUUUUAAAGGACUCACUUCACUUUAUGCUCUGAUUCUGAACAACAACAAGCUAACAAAGAUUCAUCCAAAAACCUUUCUAACCACAAAGAAGUUGCGAAGGCUAUAUUUAUCCCACAAUCAAUUAAGUGAAAUACCACUUAAUCUUCCCAAAUCAUUAGCAGAACUCAGAAUUCAUGAUAAUAAAGUUAAAAAAAUACAAAAGGACACAUUCAAAGGAAUGAAUUCCUUACAUGUUUUGGAAAUGAGUGCAAACCCUCUUGAGAAUAAUGGGAUCGAGCCAGGGGCAUUUGAAGGGGUGACGGCAUUCCAUAUCAGAAUUGCUGAAGCAAAACUAACCUCAAUUCCUAAAGGCCUACCAUCAACUUUAUUGGAACUCCAUUUAGAUUAUAAUAAGAUUUCAACUGUGGAACUUGAGGAUUUUAAACGAUACAAGGAACUACAAAGGCUGGGCCUUGGAAACAACAGAAUCACGGAGAUUGAAAAUGGAAGUUUUGCUAACAUACCACGUGUGAGGGAAAUACAUUUGGAAAACAAUAAACUAAAGAGAAUCCCUUCGGGAUUACAGGAGUUGAAAUACCUCCAGAUAAUCUUCCUUCAUUCUAACUCAAUUACGAAAGUGGGAGUGAAUGACUUCUGUCCAACAAUGCCAAAGAUGAAGAAAUCGUUAUACAGUGCAAUAAGUUUAUUCCACAACCCAAUGAAGUACUGGGAAAUACAACCUGCAACAUUUCGGUGUGUUCUGAGUAGAAUGAGUGUUCAGCUUGGGAACUUCAGAAAGUAAUGAUUAAUAAUGUCCACUGCAUAUAAAAUUCAAAAAUUCUUACAUUUGGAAUACUUGAACUCUACUAAUAAUGGUAGCAUACACAUAACCAAAAAUCUGUCCCUCAUGGUAAAUGACAAAAAAUUUCAACAGAAUUUUGCCAACUAUUGAUAUAUAAGGAUUAACAGAAACAGGCAUCUACAGCAAUUUCUUUUUGCAUACAAAUGUUUUUGCAUAAAUAUCUUGCUUGAACAUUCCUUUCUCAGUAGCAAAACAUAAGACAUUCAGUAUUUAGCCCUUUGUUAUCAAGUGCAUUUUAAGCAGAAGUGUACUGUAAAUGGGAUGCUUGACUUAGCAACAUGUGUGCUCUUUCAUUUGCUGUUAGAACAAAGCCAAAAAGGACAGCAAUAUGAAAAAUACAUUACACUAUUCUUAUUCUUUCUUCAAUAACUUGGACAGUACUGUAAUAUUUUUAAUCAUGUUGAAGUAUGGUUUGAUAGAAUCAUAUUAAACCCCUCAUGUGUAAGAGCCUGUCUUUUAUGUUUAAAGGUAACUCUUAAAACUUUCAGUAAGUAUUCAUUACCAACUGAAUAGAUACUACUCACAAGAGGUGGUUUUGGGCUAUCACACAUGAUUUUUUUAAAUUAUUACCUGAUUAUAAAACUUCUGUGAAAAGGCCUAGUGAGUGUUUAUAUAAAACCUGUAACUCCCAUUUUAUGAUUAGUUAUUGUGCGCCUUUAGUAGCCUGUCAGGUGUUAUGUUAUAUAACGCCGCCACCUCAUUCAGGAAUAUUUUUAAGAUAUCUCUUUGGAAAACCUUGCUUGGAAGAAUCUGGACACCUAUCAACUGUAAAAUUUCUUUGUCCUCAAAUACACAUAGAGUGAAUAGCUCUAAGAAACAAACCUGGCCUAACUAAAUAGGCAGAGCAUCACGUAAAACAGACAAAAACUGAAAUUGUACAAAAGAGGACUUUAUGUAUUCUAAUUGGUAUUCAACAUAAAUUAAGAAAAAUUAGAAAAUAAGGAAAACAUCAUU